GCUGCAACAGUUGAAGUUCAUCUUGAGUCUCAAACCAUCUUUGGUCGGGCUUUGCUCGGCGCAGUGGAUCGUGGGACGUCAGCCCGCCGCCGCCGCCAUAGCUCGUCUUUCUGUACCGGCUUGAAGGAGAGAGUCCGGAGUCAUGAGAGGAAUCCGCUCUCUGAACAACAUCCCCAAACGUUGCUACGCUGCUGCCAGGAGGAAUGAAGCUCUGACCGAACCUCUCGGGGGCCGUCCACGAGAUGCCGCCGCCGCCGCUGCUCCUCUCCCUCCUCAAAAUGUCGAGGUGUCCAAGCUUCCAAACGGUCUGGUGAUCGCGUCGCUGGAAAACUACUCCCCCGUGUCCAGCGUCGGUUUGUUUGUGAAAGCAGGCAGUCGCUAUGAGUCUGCGGAGAACCAGGGUGUCUCUCAUGUGCUACGACUGGCGGCAAACCUGACUACUAAGGGAGCGUCUGCCUUCAAGUUUUGUCGCAGUGUAGAAGCUCUGGGGGGCAGCCUGAGUGUGACGUCAACAAGAGAGACCAUGGUCUACACUGCAGACUGCUUGAGAGAUCACCUAGAUUCAUUAAUGGAGCAUUUCGCCAACGUGACCACGGCUCAGGAGUUCCGACUGUGGGAGGUGAACGACCUGACGCCCAGGCUGAAGAUUGACAACACUCUGGCUCAGCAGUGUCCUCAGAUAGGUGUACUCGAGAAGUUGCAUGAAGCAGCGUAUAAAAACGCCCUGUCCAACUCUCUGUACUGCCCUGACUACAUGGUCGGUCACAUCUCUCCUAACCAGCUGCAGUCAUUUGUCGAGGACAAUUUCACCACUGGCAGAAUGGCCCUGGUAGGAUUAGGUGUGAAGCACUCCGUCCUGAAGCAGAUGGGCGAAGGGCUCCUGAGCAGUCGCAGCGGUGCCGGAGCACCGGCGGCUAAGGCCGUGUACCGCGGAGCUGAGCUGCGAGUGCAGAACAACGACAACCUGGUCCACGCACUGAUUACCAGCGAGGGUGGUGUUGUAGGUAGCGCAGAGGCUAAUGCCUUCUCUGUGCUGCAAAGGAUCCUUGGAGCCGGGCCACAUGUCAAGAGGGGCUCCAACAUCACCAGCAAACUGAGCCAGGGUAUUGCCAAAGCUACCACACAGCCCUUUGAUGCCACCGCCUUCAAUGCCUCAUACUCUGACUCUGGCCUGUUUGGCGUCUACACCAUUGCGCAAGCUGACUCUGCAGGAGAGGUGAUUAAAGCUGCCAUUGCUCAAGUGAGAGGCGUGGCUGAGGGGAACGUGUCAGAGGCCGACAUCGUCAGAGCAAAGAACCAGGUGAAAACAGAUUACCUGAUGUCACUCGAGACCUCUGAGAGCCUGCUGGAGGAAAUCGGUGCUCAGGCUCUGGCCACCGCAGCGUACGAACUCCCUGACGCUGUUGUCAAGGCUAUAGAUGCUGUCACCCAUGGUGAUGUGGUCAAGGCUGCAAAGACAUUUGUGGAUGGCAAGAAGGCGAUGGCAGCUAGUGGACAGCUCAAGAAUACACCGUUUGUGGAUGAAGUAUGAAAAUAAAGUUUAAUAAAGCUGGUGAUUUUAACAUGGGCAUGCUGUGCUUGGCUGCUUAAAAAAAAAAAGUAAAGAGGACCUCAGAGCCACAGCCUCCUGCAACAAUUCAUUUGAUGUAAGCACCACAACAGGGAGCCAGAGAAUCAUAAUGCAAUUUUUUUGUUUUUUUUUGUCAAUUUAACUGUAUAUCUAUGUAAAUUAAAGUAAUGACACAGCUAUAA